UACAGCCUAGGGUGCAUUUUUCACGAGCCUGGCAUUUAGGAGUCACAGUCGCCACAUGGAUAUGAGCUUCUCGGUGCCGCAGAAAGCGCUUUGCGUCUCUCUUUGAGCGUUUGUGAAGAAGUGCUGCUGCUCUGGAUGGGCCCCUGUAGCGAGAGCCGCAGCGCCCGCCCUGCCGCCCACACGCACCGCUGAGUUAAGAUGAACGGUACGUCCGCGUACGGGGCCAAACGCUCCUCUUCCAGCUCCCAGAUGCGGAAAUCGGCAGCGGGCCGCAAAGCCUGGCCGAAGAGGACCUCCGUGGGGGACGACACCCACGCCGACCGGCGUGCGCAGAAUGACGUCUCUGAGCAGGAGCAGCGGUGGGCAGGUCACAGGGAGCACAUCAGUGUGUCUGAGCUCAGGCAGAAGGUGUCCCAAGAGCAUGCGAUGUUGAAGGAGAAGCCUGGCGCCCCCUGCAGGCCUGGGGGAAUAUUUGGCCUGGAAAGGAACCACAUAAACAAGGUGCCCAUGGGGCGCAGCUAUGUGGCGCAGAUGGAGGGGCAUUCUUCGCAAGCAGAGACCGUGGUGAGGACUGGGCGGAGGUUAGGUGUGCAGAAGGAGCAGGUGGACAAGCUCACCGUGGGACUCAAGAGCAAGGACCAUGCGGAAAACCGCGUCCGUCGGAGAGACGCCGUUUCGGCUUGUCCGAAGGGGCUGGGCAGGAUGUUCUCAAUGCAGAAGCUAAAGGAGAAGGUGGACAGGGCUCCUGAGAGGAAGAACCACGGAGGCGAGGUAGAAAAGGCAGAGUCUCAAAGAGGUGAAGGCACCCCGAGAAAGUACACUCGUCAUCACAACUUGGAGGAACUUCUCUUAAGUGUUAAGUGCGCUAUUAGUGGUACAUCUCCUCAUCUCAGCCGUUCUUUCCUUCGACUCCAAGAAUCCCCCCGGAUGUUUGGAGCGGAGAACGAAAAAGUCGCCGCAGACAGAAACGAUACAGGGAUCUCAAAGAAGCAGAAGCCUCAGAAAGAACACGUUGGUGUGUCUGUCCCCAACGCGGGGGCAGCGGCCCUCAGGACCGAGUUUGAGAACUUGGUGCGGACGCUGGAUGAAGACAGCAGGAGACGGGUAGAGGAGGACAGAGCGAGGAGGAAGAGGAAGGAGCAGCAACAACAGACACAGACUGGCAGAAAAGUUGAGAGGCAGCGGACACCCCUGGUUCUGAACAGCGGAAAGACCCCCGCGGCCUUCGCUGUCCUCCAUCAGGUGACGCACGAGGAACCGCUCACGCAGAAGCAGCAGAUGACAGGCAGUCCAGGCCCAGCAGCGGGACACCCGGAGCACAGUUCGGAAGAGGACGGGGAGUACGAGGACAUGGGAAAGGCCCCCGUGCAAGCAGAUGAAAGCGAUUACGAAGACCUGACCCGGCGCACGUCAGCAGUGGCCAUGUACAGCUACCGCGGAGAGGACGAAGACGAGAUCUCCUUCAGCGUCAGCGACGUCAUCACGAACAUCGAGAUGGCUAGCGAGGCGUGGUGGAGGGGUUACUGCCACGGGCGCUUUGGUUAUUUCCCCGCCUGCUUUGUGCAGGUAUUUCAGUGCAGCACCACUCGCAUCAAUUAACGAUGAUCACGGCAGUCCGGGACGCCUGAAACCAAAGCUUUACACCCUGAUUUCAUCACUCAGGGUUCAACAUUAAUGGAACGAACGGGGAAAAAAAAUUAAUAAACUGGAUGCACAAUGGCAACCGCGAUUAUAAAGAAACCAUGCGACAAAUACGCAGACGGUGCGAUUUAAGGUUCGAAGUCAUUUUCUUGCUAGAAAGUGGAGAAAUUCGUCAGAAAUAAAACAAAACAGCCCCUGUAUCUUGCUGUUUCAGGCAAUUUCUUUCAAGGAAACGCCGCGUAGUGCCGCAUAAUCAAAACGUCACACAAAGGGAGGCAGCAAUCUAUAAUCAGCUACUUUUUUAGAGCAUGAAGCACUGACAAAAGUAUGAGAAAUGGAAGAAUAGGAACAUUUUAAAAAAUUACAACAUAAAAGAUCAUUUAUAUUUUCACGGAAAGAACUUUUUCCUGGUCUUAAACACAUGACAAAGAACGGCACCUAACUUGACUGACGGUUUUUUCAGGCUGUACAUCAUAUCGCACGGAAAAUAAGUGGUAAAACUGUGUACAAUAAAUGUGUGUGUUUCUUCAGUUCCUUCCCAUUAAAGGAUAUUUUAUGUCUAAUAUGUUCCAAAAUUGGACAGGUGCAAAACGUGCCGGGACAGGACACAUCUGAAGUGUUCCAGUCCUAUGGAGAACCGAGCAUAAGGAAUUAAUGUUGAAUCCUGUAAUCGUUUUUAACUUUUUAAAGAAAAAAACUACACUUUACCUCUGAAGAGCCAUAUCAGCUAUUAGCACCUCACUCGCUAAUACAUGGAUAUGUUUGCUAGAAUUCCACAGUGCAUUUCUUUAACAAUUUCUGGUGGUUUAAGUGUCUUCAGUAGCAGUUUCACAGAUUUUAAUAAGAAAACUAAUAACAGCUCCUCCAAAUGUUGACACUCGGUACCAUUUUGUAAUAUUUGUAUAUUUCAAUUGUAAUACCUUACAGGUAUAUAUUA